AUGAGUCAUAUCCUUGCUAAUCACCGCGAGGACACUCAGCUGCUCGGUGACGGACAGUCGCACCGGCUCGCGGGCCGCUUCAGCAACCCUGCUUCUGCCUCUCCCGCUACCACCACCACCAUCGCUACCCCGACCCCGUCUGCCCCUUUCAUCCCAUUCAGUAUUGGAGGUGACGAGCAGACGACGGCAGCAACCAAGCAGCAACAGCACCCUCUGCCACCCGACUCGUCUUCCACGCUCAGAAUGAUCAGUGGCAGUAUCUAUGGACCGUCUGCUAGCGUCGCCAGCGCUGCUGGUGCUCGUCAAGCUCAAGGCGACGGCCCAGACCACUUCAGCGCCUUUCUCCAUUCGCCACAGGCCCAUUCGUCCCCUCGGUCCCCCGCAUCUGCUCGUGACUUUUCACCCGAGUUGAGGGAGAUGUCGCCAGAUGUCCUCUCCCCUGUGGCUACGACGCCAGACGAUCACGAUAUCCCUGAGACAGACCCCGAUAGGACCCUAGUAUCCGCUGCGAACGGCAAGGGGCAGCAAAGUGACGACUCCGACUGGACCAAGUACUUUCAUCAGUCUCUCCUAUCUGGUGGCAUCAUCGGCGACGCCACCGCCAAGGGCGACGCUCCCGUUUUGGGCCAAGCCGACUGUACAGACCAUAUGGCCGACUUUUUCACGCAAGCCCAGGCAUACUUUGCUGGUCACACGAUCCAGGUCACCCCUCCGACGGCCACAGCGGAUGGCAAGGCAUCCGCCACUGCCGCUUUUUUUGAGCAAGCCAUCGUCGCCUCGCCAUUGGCCAUGAUCUCGCCAUCAAGCGACUCCUCGCCUCCGGACACGGUCGACUUCUUUACUUCCCACCAGCUGGGACCUGGUGCACUCUUUGGCCCGCGCUCGACUUCUCUCGGUGCUGCAUCCAGCGACUACGAAGUUCGUCGCUCGUCGAUCGGCUCGUCGGACAGCUCGCUGACCACACCGCCAUGGACAGGCGCGUCGUACCAUUCGCCUGUCGGCCUACCGUCGCUUGACACAUUCUCACUCGGCACAAGCGCUGGCACGGAGCACAACGUCAUGCCCGGCAGCAACCCAGCUAACGACGUGAUGAUGGUCAACGGCUGCCGCACCGUCUUCCAGAUGAUCGUCGACGGCCACGCGCCCGAGCUGGUUGAUGACUUUGUCGGCAAGCUCUAUUCUGUCACCGGUCAGAUGGUACCCACGCGCAUUUUCCUCGAAGCACAAGAAGAGAAGAAGCGUCGGCUCUGGAGUCAAAGCAACACGAGCGUUAGCUCGUUCAACAGCGACAGCGCUUCGAGCAGCGACAGCGACGAGGCCGUCGUCGCCCGGCGCCCAGUCGUUAAUCAAAAGUCUACCGCCUCGUCUGCCGCGUCCACCACCACAUCGUCACUCGACUCGUCCGUCGGCAUCUCACCGUACGCCACCAGCCUGCGCCCGCCAUCGCAGCUGCAUCACCCACAGCCUCCGCGUCCCGUCACUAUCGCGGCCGCAAGCGUAAUGGCAGCUGCAGCAGCGACGACCGGCACGUCUGCAGCCGCUCCACCCAAAAGGAAGAGCGCAUCCUCGACGACAACGGCUGGUCGCCGCGGACCUUACGCCAAACGCGGCGUCGGACGCGGCGGCAGCGCGAAGAAGCGCUUCGCGUGCGAGGUGUGCCACAAGCAGUUUGAUCGCGCGUUCAACCUCAAGACGCACAUGGCGACGCACGACACGGUGCGCGACAAGCCCUACCUCUGCCCGCUCACCGGCUGCCGCAAGGACUUUGCGCGCAAGCACGAUUGCCAGCGUCACUUCCGCACUAUCCAUGUCAAACGCGGCGAGGCGAGCCUGGCGAUGCUCGACCUCAUCGUCAACCUACACGGUGAUGAUGACGACGACGACGACGGCGACGGUCAGCACGACACUCUGUUCAAUAACGACAACAUCAGCAAGGAUGCGGAUGCACAUACCGAUGAAGACGAAGACGAUGAAGAAGGAUUCGAAAAGGACACGAUGUCCGUGUCAUUCAAUUGA